AGUGAGUAUCUGGCUCGAUUGACUGAUAAAUUCAAGCUUUAACCCUUGGCGUGUCCCAGAGUGACGUGAAGAGGAGGCUGAAGUCCAUCGGUGACCGAGCUUAAUAGCUCUGUGUAGAAGACGCCGCGCGUCACUGGACUCUGAGUCUCAGAGCGCCAACUUGGAUCACCGUGUUUGCCGUCUCCCUUGAGCGACAGUCAAAGUACAUUACGUGUGAGAGCACGGCCGCACGCCGCCAGAGCCCUCGGCACAUUCAAUAAGUAACCCACUCCAGGAGAGGUAAGGAAGGUACAUGUGGUGUAACAUGGAGAGUUCAGUUGUCUGGUUGAGGUGUCUGCUGCUGUCUGUUCUCUGUUUGAUGGAAGCACACUCCAAACUUCCUCCUGCAGAGAACAUCCAUGUGCUUUCCCCUGAAGAACACAAACUAGUGCUCAACGUGGGAGAUGAAGAGUUCCCUCGAGACUGCUAUGAGAUCUGGCAGAGUUCUGGAGGCCAGGCCCGGGACGGGGUCUAUCUGAUUCGACCAACGGGGUCCCUCAUUCUGGUCUAUUGCGCCAUGCAGGAUGGAGGUUGGACUGUGGUGCAGCACAUUACUGUCAACAGCAGCGUGGACUUUGACCGCACCUGGACCGAAUACAAGCUGGGCUUCGGCGCCCUUACCGGUGACCACUGGCUGGGCAACGAAUACCUCCACCAGAUCACCAGCAGACCCGGCCGGUUCAAGCUGGCCGUCAAGCUGGUGGACAAGGAUGCGGUCACCAAGUUCGGGGAGUAUGACCCGGUCCUGGUGGAGAACGAAGAGGCCCAGUACCGGCUUCGCCUCGGCCUCUUCCAGGGCACGGCCAUGGACGCACUCACCCAGGACACAGAGAACUAUCUACACGACAACCAGAAGUUCACCACCAAGGACCGCGACAACGACAACUACUUCCAGAACUGUGCCAAGCUGGAGUUCCAGGGAGUGCCGGGAGGAGGGUGGUGGUAUGAUGCCUGCGCGGGGGCCAACCUCAACCGUCGGAAUGUCCUCUACUGGCAGAAGGACUGCAAUAAAGAGCACCUCUGCAAGUACGUCUGGAUGAUGGUGAAGCCCUCGGAUGUUGUUAAGGUCAUCUACGGAGGAUGUAAGAAGGAUGAGCUGUGAUUAACUUUGGUGAAAUUAAAUGAAUAAGGAGGGGGAGGGGUAUUCUCUGUGAUGUAUUUUUCCAUCUUUGGGUGGAGAUCACUUUAUCGAAUCCAUCCUUUGAUCAUGACUUGGGUUGCAAUCAUUAUUUCUGGUGUCAAGUUGAUUAAACAUUAAAAUGAGCAUUCCAUAAUGCAAGAAACUGUUUGCAAAGCCAAAAUAUAAGAAUAGCUCUUAUAAAAUUAACAAGGCUAGUUGUUUUCAUUAAAUAAGGCAUAAUAUAUUUCAGUUUGAAAAUACACAGGUACAUAGUCACAAAAUACAAAAAAAAUAAGUCGAUAUUGACUGCUUUGUCUCCAUACGCCUGCAAGCCGUGUAGUUCCUCAAUACAAAAAAUGUGUGGAAAAAUGUGCCCUGGCUGUGUUCUAUUCUGUGUUAAAUGAUUUCUUUCUGAGAUUCAAUUUAAUUUUUAUUACCAGAAAGAUCAUGUUUAAUUAUGGAAAUGUGAUUACAUCAUUAAUGACUAAGUGUGUGAUGUGGAUCAAAUGUUUAAGUAUGUCAUAUGAAUAUGUACAACUGAAAAGCUGUUUGGAUGUGGUGUAUGAUAAAUUUGUAUUUUCCGGACAAGUAAGGACAAAAUAAAAUAAAGUAACAAGGAAAA